UAAGCUGGGGGCUUACCAGUUGGAAACGACAGAGGAGGAGAAAGACCUGAGUGUACUGGUUGAUCGCAGGGUGACUAUGAGUGACUACUGUGAUGCAGGUUUGAAAAAGGCUAAUGCAGUCCUAGGAUAUACCAGCCAAUCAUGUCUUCAUUUUAUAGUGAUCACGUGUCAGAAAUAUGGCUACAGACUGGCUUGGAAGCAUUGUGUCCAUUAACUGUGGAGACAGCCUGGGAGUGUAUCAGGGACGAGUGUCGGCUGUGGAUCAGAUCAGUCAGACCAUCUCCCUGACGCGGCCUUUCCACAAUGGGGUCAAGUGCCUCGUGCCAGAGGUCACCUUCAGGGCGGGUGAUAUUACUGAGCUAAAGAUUCUGCAGAUCCCAGGUCCUGGGGACAGCAAACAAAGUGGGGAGCUGCAGCAUACUGAACUAGGCAUCCCUGGCAUUGGGUGCCAAGUGGGUACCAAUCAAAACGGCACUGGCAAAUUGCUAAAGAAGCCUACCAGCAGUGCCCCACAGGCUAUCCCAAGGAGAACAGACAUGAAAAAUCAAGAAGUUGUCAUCUCCCCACAACAGCAGCAGUGCUCUAAGAGCUACAUGGACCGACAUUUGGAAUCCUUGAAUCAGUCCAAAGGUUUCCGUCGUAGACACAACUCCUGGUCAUCCAGUAGCCGCCACCCAAACCAGGUGACUCCAAAGAAGAGUGGCCUGAAGAAUGGGCAGAUGAAGAGUAAAGACGAUGAGUGUUUUGGAGAUGACAUUGAGGAAAUCCCAGACACAGAUUUUGAUUUUGAAGGGAACCUGGCACUUUUUGACAAGGCAGCAGUGUUUGAAGAGAUUGACACUUACGAGAGGAGGAGUGGCACUCGCUCCAGGGGUACCCCCAACGAGAGGCCAGCACGCUACCGGCAUGACGAGAACAUCCUGGAAUCAGAGCCUGUCGUCUACAGACGGAUCGUCGUACCCCAAAAUACUAACAAGGAAUUCUGCACUGACUCUGGGCUAGUCGUUCCAAGCGUCUCUUAUGAACUGCACAAAAAGGUGCUUUCAGUAGCUGAGAAACAUGGACUGACUCUGGAGCGCAGACUGGAGAUGACUGGGGUGUGCGCCAGCCAGAUGGCAUUGAGUCUGCUCGGAGGACCCAACAGGUUGAAUCCUAAAAAUGUUCACCAGCGACCCACAGUGGCUCUGCUGUGUGGCCCCCAUGUGAAGGGGGCCCAGGGAAUCAGCUGUGGACGGCAUCUUUCCAACCAUGACGUUCAUGUCAUUCUCUUCCUACCCAACUUUGUCAAGAUGCUGGAAUCCAUCACUAAUGAGCUGAACCUCUUCAGCAAGACCCAAGGCCAGCAGGUAUCCAGUGUCAAAGAUCUCCCAGAUACCCCUGUUGACCUGGUGAUAAACUGUCUGGAUUGUCAUGAAAAUGCUUUCCUGAGAGAUCAGCCUUGGUACAAAGCAGCUGUGGACUGGGCCAACCAGAACCGAGCCCCUGUCCUCAGCAUAGACCCUCCUAUGAGUGAAAUGGAGCAGGGCAUUGAUGCCAAGUGGUCACUGGCCUUGGGCCUGCCCCUGCCGCUGGGUGAGAGGGCAGGGCGAGUAUAUCUCUGCGACAUCGGCAUUCCACAGAAAGUCUUUCAGGAAGUGGGAAUAAACUACCACUCACCCUUUGGCUGCAAAUUCGUCAUCCCAUUGCAUUCAACAUAGAGCAGACCCUGCAGCGUAUCAGCCCUGGAGUGGGAGAUGGGGCAGAGUCCUGCCUAGCAAGCUGUAUAAAGGAUCCUGACAAGUAAACUCUUGACGCCUUAAGGAUGUAAAGUUCUGGAGUUUGUUUCUUCCAGAAGAAAUAUGUGUAUUAAAAACAUAAAAAUGAAGGGAGCAAAUGUUACUGCAAGAUGCUUUCUCUCUCUCUCGUGCCAUUGGAUGAAGGAAUGUGGAAGAAGCUGGUAUCUAACAUUGGGAAAGGCAGUGCCUGGUCACCAGCCAGAGGAUGGUUAAAGUGGGUGAGAGGGUUUGUUUACAGAGGCAAGUGACCGUCAGACAGCCUGGAGGUUUACAAGAUGGGUUUUUAGUACUUCGGGGGGGGGGGGGGAAUUUAGCCCAGCGGGGGCCCCUUUCAGGAGCAGUUACCCCUCAGUGAUGAUGCAGAAAUGUCUUUGUUACAGUUUUACUGUUUUGAUUUUGUUCUUUAUUUUCUGUUAUGUUCAUAAGAGCAAUUAUUGUUAAGUCUCUUCCUGGAGCUGCCAGGCCCCUGUGGAUGGGGCUCCCUGUUUAGAAAGCGGGUGUAAAGCUUUUGUUCCUUGACCGCUUGCUGAGUGAAUGCAGCCCGGGCCUGGAAACUGUAGGGGAGUGAGGCGUUUACCAUGGUGUCCUUCCACCAGACAGUGCUUUGGGAAAGGCAUUUUCCUAAGGUGGGUUUUUAUUUCUCCAGCGAGCUGAGUAACCUCAGUGAUUCGGAGAAGAUGCGAGGGGAACGGGCAGACGUUACCCUCUUUUCUUUAAUACUUUGUGUUCAGCACAGGUAGUGUUUGGAUAUAUUAACGUAGAGCCUCAGUGCCCACUUUGCGAGUAGUGCUACCAGUGGCCCCUCCCCUUUUUUAGGAGGAUCCUCCCUCCUAAAAAGUAUAUGUGCUUGGUUCUAAUGCACUGUUCCACAUGGAUCUCAGUGGAGUCGGUGGAAAUCAUAGGGCACUUGUCUCUCCUGGUUAUGCAAACUGUAAAGAUGAGUCAAAUGCUCUUUGUCUUAAUAUGCAGACAGCAGCGCGUGCCGAGCGUGUUGGGGGUGUUAUGGAAGGCUUAUGUUAACCCUUUAGUGGAGGAAGCUUCCUCCUGGCCUGCUUGUCAGCUCAGUGUAGCACUAUAAGCUGUAUGGCCUCCUGAGCACAGAUGAUCUUGGUAGUGCUACAGCAAAUGCUGUGCUUGGCAAGCUGUUUUGUUAGGCUGCCUUCAGAAGCAUCUGCAGUAUUGCUCCUGCAUGCACUAGUGCACUGAAAUCUGGUCCCUUAUGCCUCAGGCAUCACCACUGGUGGUGACCACUGAUGUAUCAUGUGGCUUUCGGAAAGCUUUGAACUUUCCAGCUACAUCACACGUGAGGGAAGGUCAGAAAACUCUGACCUGAAUUACUGUAGGUCGUCUCACCCUUUUUACUUUGCUAGCUGGUUUUGGGCUUCAGAUUUUUUUCCCUUAUGUGCUGCAAGGAAAGCAUUCAUAUUCAUUGCACUGCCUAGAGUACGUGGUUUACUGAACCUUUGGCUGGCUCUGUAAAUCUACCAUGUUGGACCCUUGUAUUGUCUCUCAACGUGCCAAACUAUCACUGGCUAGUGAUGAGAAAUAUUAAACUUGGACCAAAAUAGUGCUCUGCCUGAGAGUUUCUGGGCUUUCCAAAUUUCUGUUCUAGCAAAACCGACCUGAAUUCCUCUGCUGCAGUUUGAACUUUGCUGGGAGCAUAGGCUAUGCUUAAAGUUCUGCCUGGUAGGUCUGUGCUGGCACUGACUGACUGCAAAGCUUCCGUUGGUGCCUUUCCCAGGGGAGCUAGAUCUCCUCUUGCUAAAGUGUAGAGCAGCUGUUCUGUGUGAAACACUUGAAGCUACUGCCUGGGUAUUCAGCAACUGAACUCAUGAAGAAACUGCAACCAGCUGGGUUAUGUGGGGAUACAAGUCAGGCACUUGUAUGUUUAAAAAAAAAAAAGAAAAGAAAGAAAUCCUGUUACUACUCAUCAUAGAAGAGCUGCUAGGAACAAAGGCUGAGUGCACCAAGCAAAGUGAAAAACAGAGGGUGGCUGGGAGAGACUGUCUACCUAAGCAGUGCUCCAAGUCACUGAAGAAUAGACCACACCCUAAUCUGUACAGCACUAUUUAAUGUACCCUGGGGGAGAUGGCAAGCAGGUAUUUCAUACCACAGGGGCUGGGAAUGGUGGGCAGGGGCAUUGGAGAAUACUCCUGCUCUUAUUCCAUUGUACAGUGAUAUCUAGGCAGCGCAGUCAGGACUUCCCAUGCCAGACAGCACAGAACUCAUCUACCUCAGGAUAAAAGGACUGCAGUUCAGCACAUUUCUCAUGUGGAGGGUUAGACUACUCAGCUUUGUCCACUGGUUUACGCUUAAUGGCCUUAGUGCUAACCCAGAUUAUCUAUGACUAAACUCUUCACUAACAUAAUUAGGUGUAUGCGGCUGUAGCUCUAGCUCUGUGUGUUUCUCUGCAAGGCUUAGAGCACCUAUGCCUCAGGUCUAGUUUCAGCUUAAUGCAAUUGCAUUUAAUGCUAAGGGAUGGCACUUGACUAGCAAGCUGCGCUGGUUAGUGACUGCAUGGUGCAUGAGGGGUUAUCCUGGCAGUCAGCAUUAGUGUAAGGUACUGAGGAUGUAGCAACUGCCUACACAAGGUAAAGAAUUGAUUAAUCCCUGUACCAGUAACUCUGUAAUUGCCUUGUUUUUUCGCCUUCCUUUACAAAAGCAGAGCUGACUGUCACUUGUAAGAAAACAGCCUGCUGCUUGGCUCCUCUCCUAUAUUAUUUUACAAGCAUCUUUAACUUGCCCAGGUUGAAGGUUGUCCUUUGUGAGCAGGGUGCAAGUUUGGAAGGGUUAAGAAGCACUUUAAAGAAAAAAUUCAAAGUGUGCAGCAGUGGCUGAGGUCCUACCAGUCGUCUUAGAAGAGAUAGUAAGAAUUGCUCAAAGGGUUAUUUUUUAAAUAAAGUAGCCAGUGCUAUUGCUGCUACAGACACUCGAUGCCUCUGGGCAAGCGAUAGGAUUUUAAGUGUGUGGGCACUGACUUUCUAGAUUGACUCAUCUCAAGCACAACUAAGGAGCUUUGGGACAAGUUCUGUGUGUUACUCUACUAACCUUAAUGCCUUCUCCACUCUAAGUAGCACAAGGGGGAGGGUGCUUGCUUUUCUUCUGACAAGCAAAGUUGUGUUCUUGCCAGAGGAAUGAAAUCAUUGGCCUUGUCCUAGACCAGAUGCAUCUUGUUGCACAGCCAUGUGAUCAAGGCUUUGGGAUUCUUGGCCCUUUGUCACACAACUACUGCAGACACAUGCUUUAUGCUGGAUGCAACAGACAACAGCAGGAAGGGAUACAGCCUCCCCCUGACCCAUUUGUCAGAGCUCUUCAUUAAGAUGUAGGCUUCAAGGGAUGUUCACAUCUUAAAUACUAAAAGUUAAGAUUUUCACAGUGUGCAAGGACUUAGUGUAGUGAAUACUCAGGAGCUGACUUCCCAGGGCCCAGGAAAAGCAGCUGCCUAUAAAUAAGCACUGGAAUGGACUUUGCUUUCCUAGGAUGCAGAAAUGCAACUUUCACUGCUCAGUAGUAACCAGCAGUAAAUUUAAGUUCUGCAUCAUUCCCUCACAGUUGUUGUAAGAAAACAUGCACCCUCUUUUCAGCAGCAGUGGAUAAAACCCUGGCUUCAGGCACCCAGUGUAAAGACAACUGCACCACAACUCUAAUGAUGAUAUGACUGAAGCAUUGACUUGAUGACACAAACACUGUUGUUCCAUAAUUCAUGCAGCAGCUGGGGUAAUACCAGCCUUGAAAUAAAGUGCAACUAUUCAUGUGUGUUCAGUGA